CUUUCCCCAUUUCCGCGCCAAUCCAUGGCUCAGAUGUGCUCCAUCUCGUUCUCCCCGGCUUGUAUCUCUUCUCCCGCCUCCGCCUCCGCCUCCGCCUCCUCCUCCUCCUCCGCCUCUGCCGCUCCGUUCUUCCUCCUCUCCUGUUCUCCUCGAUUCGACUCUCCGUUGCACCGCCGCGGUUUCCCUGCCCGUGCAUCCGUCUCCAUGGCUUCCGAAUUCUCCCGCGCCGCUUCCUUCGCCGUUGGCGAAAGCUUCCCCGACGAUUACGGCGACUGGCUUCCCAAGCGCGAUCCGGAGUCUCGCAGGAGAGCUGGCAUCUUGCUUCAUCCUACUUCCUUGAGAGGACCUCACGGCAUUGGAGAUCUUGGUCAGGAGGCGUUCCGAUUCAUCGAUUGGCUGAGCGACGCCGGUUGCUCCGUUUGGCAGGUUCUCCCGCUAGUUCCACCCGAUGAUGAAGGAUCACCGUACUCGGGCAAGGAUGCUAAUUGUGGUAAUACCCUCUUGAUUUCUCUUGAAGAACUUGUAAAGGAUGGGUUGUUGUCAGAAGAUGAGCUUCCGGAACCUAUAGAUGCUGAACGUGUAAACUUCUCUGCUGCUUCAGAAUUGAAGGAUCCAUUGAUCACCAAGGCUGCAGAGAGAUUGGUUAAGAGUGACUGUGAACUUAAAAGACUCCUGGAUAAUUUUCGUAAGGACCCCAGCAUAUCAAGUUGGCUUCAAGAUGCAGCUUACUUUGCUGCCAUUGACAAUUCGAUGAACACACUGGAUUGGUAUCAAUGGCCUGAACCUUUGAAAAAUCGGCACCUUGCUGCUCUGGAAGACAUUUAUGAACGAGAAAAGGACUUCAUAGACAUAUUUAUUGCACGGCAGUUCUUAUUCCAGAGGCAGUGGAGGAAACUUCGCGCCUAUGCGCAGAAGAAGGGAAUCAGUAUAAUGGGAGACAUGCCCAUUUAUGUAGGUUAUCACAGUGCUGACGUUUGGGCGAAUAAGAAACACUUUUUACUGAACAAGAGUGGCUUUCCUCUUCUCGUUAGUGGUGUGCCACCUGAUGCCUUCAGUGAAACUGGUCAAUUGUGGGGCAGCCCUUUAUAUGACUGGAACUCCAUGGAGAAUGAUGGCUUUUCUUGGUGGGUAAAACGCAUACGACGGGCUCAAGAUCUAUAUGAUGAAUUCAGGAUAGAUCAUUUUAGAGGGUUUGCUGGUUACUGGGCUGUCUCGUCUGUUACAUCAAUUUGCAGAGGCAAAGAUAGCAAUGAUUGGAAACUGGAAGGACCUGGAAAGUCAUUGUUUGAUGCCAUCUCUAGAGCUGUUGGUGAUAUAAAGAUAAUAGCUGAAGAUUUGGGAGUAAUCACCGAGGAUGUAGUUGAGCUCCGAAAAUCAAUUGGUGCACCUGGAAUGGCUGUGCUCCAAUUUGCUUUUGGAAGUGACGCAGAAAACCCGCAUCUGCCUCAUAACCACGAGACCAAUCAAGUUGUGUACACCGGAACUCAUGAUAAUGAUACGAUUCAAGGCUGGUGGGAUGUUCUGCAGCAAGAAGAGAAGAUGAACGUGUUGAGGUAUACUUCAAUUACUGAAGAAGAUGACAUCCCAUGGGCACUGAUUCGAACUGCACUCUCGUCAGUUGCCCGGACAACAAUCAUACCAAUGCAAGAUAUUCUUGGGCUGGGGAACUCUGCAAGGAUGAACAUUCCUGCUACCCAGUCUGGAAACUGGAGUUGGAGGAUGCCAAGUUCCACGAGUUUUGAACAGCUAGGAGAAGAAUCGAAGAGGCUGCAUGAGUUGCUUUCAUUGUACGGACGCCUGUAAGUUAGGUGUCUAUAGUUUAUAAACCAUGAAAGGCCUUACCACUGGCCAAUUGUUCGAGGCACCUUAACCUUGCCACAUGGGGGAGAGAAGGUUUUGAAAGUAGCAUUCUUUGCUGAAGGGGCAGAAGCAGAAGAAGCAAGAGCAGCAGGUGCCGAUAUUGUUGGAGGAGUCGAACUUAUUGAAGAAAUUUUGAGUGCCGGCAAGGUUGACUUCGACAAAUGCUAUACAACUCGUCAGUUGUAUCCCCGGGUUGCCAAGAUAGCAAGGAUCCUUAAUCGUCAUGGCUUGAUGCCUGAUGCAAAACAAGGGACUGUUGUCAGCGAUGUAACAAGAGCAGUUAAAGCAGCAAAGCAGAAUCAGAUAAAGUUUAGAAUGGACAAGUCAUCCAUUGUUCAUGUAGGACUUGGAAAGGCAAGUUUCAGUGAAGAGUCUUUGCGUGAGAAUAUUGGUGCUUUUAUGAAUGCACUUCUACAAUCAAAGCCUGCUGGUUUGAAGAAAACUUCUAAAUAUGCUGGAUACGUGAACUCCUUCCAUAUAUGUAGCACGAUGGGAGAAGGAUUUCCUAUUUCAAUACAGUCUUUGUCCAAAGCUGUAGACCAUUACAACAAAGUUCAGCUCAAGUCGUAAUGGUACUUCUACCUUCCCAGCCGCUGAUGUCCCUCAUUCUGCAUGUUACACCGAGAAUAUCCAGCAGCGUCUUAUCUUUUUGUGGUUUAAUUCUUCAGGUAUGCAGUCGAGCUCCCAAGACCGAAAAUGUUACGCCACUUUCUCUUACUAGCUACUACCUCUUCUAGCAAAAAUGUGAGUUAAAUAUGCCUCGAGUGACCGUCUUUCCGCAAGAUUACAAAACUAGAAGAUGGGAUACUGGAGAUGCUGCUGCUCUCAGAUAAUCUGUUGUGAUGGAAAGCUUUCCAUGUUAUCUAUGCAUUGCCGAUAGGGUUUCACCAGCACUUAGAGAUUCUUUUUUUCAAGUGUAUUCAGGACUAUAGGUGAAGAACAUUUUUGAUUACAUGAGUCAGUCGCAAUCCAUUUGGCUGGCGUUGCGCGCGAUGGCGUAGAGAGCAUUGUUUAAGGUAAUCUGGUAAUGAAGGUAUGAAGCAAUAAGACUAGUGAGAAAUUGAUUAUUACACUCAGCUCCCAGUUCUGUGCACCUACAGUACUCAAAUUGAACUGUAUGAUAUACAUCACUUAUUAUAUAAGUACCUAACCUAGCUAACCCUUGCUUAGCCUC